GCGGGGAGGAGUGUGAUCUGCGGUCUGGGAAGCGCGGAGCCUCCGGCCCCGCCCCGCCCGCCAGGGCGAUGGAGUUUCCGGACCUCGGGGCGCACUGCUCUGAGCCCAGCUGUCAGCGCCUGGAUUUUCUGCCUCUGAAGUGUGACGCCUGCUCUGGCAUCUUCUGUGCAGACCACGUGGCCUACGCCCAGCAUCACUGUGGAUCUGCUUACCAAAAGGACAUACAGGUACCCGUGUGUCCACUCUGUAAUGUUCCUGUGCCUGUGGCCAGAGGGGAGCCCCCUGAUCGUGCUGUGGGGGAGCACAUUGACCGAGAUUGUCGCUCUGAUCCAGCCCAGCAGAAACGUAAGAUCUUCACCAAUAAGUGUGAGCGCUCUGGUUGCCGGCAGCGGGAAAUGAUGAAACUGACCUGUGAACGCUGUGGCCGAAACUUCUGCAUCAAGCACCGUCACCCACUGGACCAUGACUGCUCUGGGGAAGGGCAUCUAACCAGCCGGUCAGGACUUGCUGCUCUCACCAGAGCACAGGGUUUGGCUUCUGCAGGCACCAUCUCCAGCCCAAGUCGGACCUCGCCUUCAUCUACCUCUCCCAGCAGAGUUGCAGCCCCGUCUCCGUCGCGGACAUCCCCACCAGUGAUGGCUCUGCAAAAUGGUUUGAGCGAGGAUGAGGCUCUGCAGCGAGCUCUAGAGCUUUCCCUGGCAGAAGCGAAACCCCAGGUCCCAAGUUCUCAGGAGGAAGAAGACUUGGCUUUAGCACGAGCACUAUCAGCCAGUGAGGCAGAAUACCAGCAGCAGCAGGCUCAGAGCCGCAGCUUGAAGCCGUCCAACUGCAACCUGUGCUAGGGCCCUGGGCUUGGGGAGGGAGGCUCUGCUGAGAGGACUGUGGCCCUUACACCCCUGGGGUCCACAGGGAGAGGAAGCCCAGAGCAGCCGGGAGUGAAGACCAGGAGGACCGAUGAGGAGGAGCCUCCAGGGAACAUCAGUAGGAACAGCUGGUGGAAUUGAGCUUACAAAGGCCCUGCUGGCUCGCUGGCUCGUGGGAGAGCGUGGUCAUGAACAGUCCCCUGGUUGGGUCCUGGGAGGGGCUCGCCAGGCCCGCACAUUUCUCCCCACACUGGAGCUGCUCCCACGUACAGGGAGCAGGAAGGGGCUUGGAAAGAAUAAAGGAUCUUGGCA